UUUAGCGCGAAAGGUUGAUUGUAGUGAAGCAGCAGUGAACAUGGAAGUUCGCAAAGUAAAAUCUAAAGUGUCUGCUGGGUUCAAGAUGCGGGGACUGAUGCUUCGACCAGAUGCCAGUAGGUAUCUCAUUGAGGUCCUGGAAUCAGUCAGUCCGCUGGAACUGGAUGAUGUCAUCGAACGGGUGUUAGAUGCUGUUGAGAAGCAGCCUUUGUCCUCCAAUAUGAUAGAGCUACCAGUAGUGGAGACUGCUGUACAGGAUUGUAGUCAGUCAUGUGAUGAAAAUAUAGACAAUGUUUUUAACAUCAUCAGUGCAUUUGAUGUGCCACGGUUUAUCUACAGUACUGAGAGGAAAAAGUUCAUUCCCAUCAGCAUGACGAAUCACCCUGCGCCCAGCCUGUGUGGCACAGCCAGAGACAAGGCCGACCUCUUCAGGGAGCGCUAUACUAUACUGCAGCAGCGGACACAUCGUCAUGAGCUCUUCACCCCCCCUGCUAUAGGUGCAGCUGUAGAGGAAGGCAGGAACAAAUUUCAGUUGAAGACGAUAGAGGCCUUGCUUGGUUGCACAGCUAAGUUAGGCGAGGUCAUCGUCCUAGGAAUGGUGACACAGCUGAAAGAGGGUAAAUUCUAUCUGGAAGACCCCAGUGGAACCAUCCAGCUCAACAUGUCAAAGGCACAGUUUCACAGUGGUUUGUACACAGAAUCUUGCUUUGUUUUGGCAGAAGGCUGGUACGAGGACUCCGUCUUCCAUGUCAACGCCUUUGGGUUCCCCCCUACUGAACCCUCCUCCACCACCAGGGCAUAUUAUGGCAACACUAACUUUUUCGGUGGCCCGUCAACCAUGUCAGUAAAGGCGUCCGCUAAGUUGAAACAGCUGGAGGAGGAGAACGAGGAUGCCAUGUUCGUCGUAUUGUCUGACGUGUGGCUGGACAGUGUGGAGGUGUUGGAGAAGAUCCAUCUUAUGUUUUCAGGCUAUGCUGCCAUGCCUCCCACCUGCUUCAUCUUCUGUGGAAACUUCUCCUCUGCCCCGUAUGGGAAAACUCAGAUCACAUCCCUCAAAGGUGAGGGCCUCAAGAUCCUUAUCUCAGCUGUUUAUAUUACGUUGCUCAGUAGACUGAUUCUGUCUUCUGGUCUCCUCUUUGAAGAGUCACUGAAGCUACUGGCAGAUGCAAUCUGUGAAUACCCCAGCAUUCACAACAGUAGUCGCUUUGUGUUUGUUCCUGGGCCUGACGACCCUGGCCCCAGCACCAUCCUGCCCAGGCCUCCCCUAGCAGACCACAUCACUGAGGAGUUUAGACAGAGGGUUCCUUUCUCAGUCUUUACCACAAACCCUUGCAGGAUUCAGUAUUGUAGUCAGGAAAUCGUUGUCCUUAGAGAAGAUCUGGUCAACAAGAUGUGCAGAAACUGUGUCCGGAUGCCUAGCAACAAUCUUGACAUUCCAAACCAUUUUGUGAAGACCAUCUUGUCCCAGGGUCACCUGACCCCUCUGCCGCUCUAUGUCAGUCCGGUGUUCUGGGCUUAUGACUACGCCCUCCGUGUCUACCCUCUGCCCGACGUCAUUAUUUUUGCUGACAAAUACGACCCGUUCAACAUCUCCAACACAGACUGCCUCUGCAUCAACCCGGGCUCCUUCCCAAGGACUGGCUUCACCUUCAAAGUGUACUAUCCCUCCAACAGGACUGUGGAGGACAGCAAGCUUCAAGGGCUCUAGAGAAUGGAUGGGAGCUUCCCAUGGAUUAACUGUGUAACUCAUCGUUUUGUAAAAAAAAUAAAAUAAAAAAUAAAAGUGUAAA